CCUCCACUGUUUGUGUGGUUUAAGGGGAGGCCCUGAACGUGUCUCUUGCUGGUGGAUCUCUUAGCCAUGUGGGAGGGGGAAGGCAGAGUUUAUCCAACCAGAGCUUCUCUGCUUACUGCAUGCUUAGUUAUUUCACAUCCCCCCCCCAGCCGCCUCCAGCAUGUAAAUCCACCACAAAGGAGCUGAAGUUCAAAUAGGGCUGUUUUAGCUACGCUUGAAAUGAUGGAUUGAAAGCUUAGAAGGGGAAACACUGCAGAAGAGCUGGAGUUCCUGAAAAGCAAGCCACUGCUGCUGCUGCCUAUUGUCCCUAAGAAGGUCCCUAGCAUGGGGGCUGAUGUCUUAGAUCCAGCAUUCAAGUUAAAGAGACGGGGAUUUAAACAAUAAGGAAAUAACAGGACUGCCAGGAGCCUUAUGUUGCUUUCCUUCCAAGCACAGUACCAAAAUCCAGGGACGUUUCCAUGUAACAGGAUCCAGGCAGCCCACAUUGCAGAUGAGCCUAUUCUUUGCGGUGAUCAGUGAUGUCCACCAUUCCUGUGGAUGAGCCAAGGCAGUGAUUCUUUGAUCUUUCUAACAAAAAUCAACACUAAAAGUUCGAAGCUUGAAGAAAGAAGUCCAAAGGAAAGAGGAUUCAAAAGUUCCUUCGUAUGGAAAGCAGUUUUAAAAAACGGACCAUGAAGGCAGCAGUCUGUUUACUGCUAAUGGCUAUCGUGGGAAUCCAUGCCAGUAAGACCCAAGAUUUUGAAGGCAACAAUGAAGGAGAAGAACAAGAAUUUGUUUACACAAACAGGUAUAAACGCUCUACGGACACACAAGACAAAUGCACCUACACCUUCAUCGUACCGCAGCAGAAAGUGACAGGUGCCAUUUGUGUUAAUUCAAAAGAACCUGAGAUUGUACUUGAAAACAGGGUAAAUAAGCAGGAACUAGAGCUGCUGAACAAUGAACUCUUAAAGCAAAAGAGGCAAAUAGAAACCCUCCAGCAGCUGGUGGAGGUUGACGGUGGAAUUGUCAAUGAGGUGAAACUCUUGCGCAAAGAGAGUCGCAAUAUGAACUCGCGGGUCACGCAGCUAUACAUGCAACUGCUGCACGAAAUCAUCAGAAAAAGGGACAACGCUUUAGAACUUUCCCAGCUGGAAAAUAAGAUCCUGAAUCAAACUGCGGAUAUGCUGCAGCUUGCAAACAAAUAUAAGGACCUGGAGCACAAGUACCAACAUUUGGUCUCGAUUGCAAAUAACCAGUCUAUAAUUAUUGCACAACUGGAAGAACAUUGCCAAAGAACACCAUCUAUGAAACCGGCCCUCCAGCCUCCACAGCCACCAAACCGAGUCUACCAGCCACCCACAUACAAUCGUAUCAUUAACCAGAUCUCUACCAAUGAGAUUCAGAGCGACCAGAAUUUAAAGGUUCUACCACCCACUUUGCCAACCAUGCCACCGGUUACUAGUAUUCCAACUUCUACGGACAAACCAUCAGGUCCUUGGAGAGACUGUCUGCAGGCUUUAGAAGAUGGCCAUGACACCAGUUCAAUAUACCUCGUGAAACCUGAAAAUACAAACCGGUUGAUGCAGGUCUGGUGCGACCAACGACAUGAUCCUGGUGGCUGGACAGUGAUCCAGAGACGUUUGGAUGGAUCUGUCAACUUUUUCAGGAACUGGGAGACUUAUAAGCAAGGAUUUGGUAACAUUGAUGGAGAGUACUGGUUAGGCCUAGAAAAUAUUUAUUGGCUGACAAAUCAAGGCAACUAUAAAUUACUGAUAACCAUGGAAGACUGGUCAGGCCGUAAAGUGUUUGCUGAAUAUGCCAGUUUCCGGGUGGAGGCAGAAAGCGAGUACUAUAAGCUGCGACUGGGCCGAUACAACGGAAAUGCUGGAGACUCCUUCACCUGGCAUAACGGGAAGCAAUUCACUACACUGGACAGAGAUCACGAUGUAUAUACAGGUAACUGUGCUCACUAUCAGAAGGGGGGAUGGUGGUACAAUGCGUGCGCACAUUCGAACCUCAAUGGCGUCUGGUACCGAGGAGGACACUAUCGGAGUCGGUAUCAGGAUGGUGUCUAUUGGGCUGAGUUUCGGGGGGGCUCCUAUUCACUGAAGAAAGUUGUCAUGAUGAUCAGACCCAAUCCCAACACAUUCCACUGAAAGGAAAUUCAUCUCCUCAAGAGACAGACUCAAAAAGCAACAGCAGUGGCAUGUGCUAUCCAGAACACAGCAAAGUCUCAGCAGCAAAGAAUGUAAUAUAUUGUACACUGACUGCCAUUAAUCAGUGGACUUGUAUAUUGUAUUUUUCAAGCAUCGUUCCAGAACCAAAAGAAACCAAAAUAAUGUCAUGCAAAAUGGACUGUAGAUGAUAAGAAUAUGGCCACAUCAUCUAAAUAUUUGUAUAUUUUAUAUAGUCUCAAGUAUUGAACAUAUUCCAAACUGUACAGAAGACCUUUUUAUAAAAAAAAAUAAUGAUAUUGAUGAUGAUGAAGAAGAAUUCAUUUGACACAGGAAUCUAUAUCCUUUGAAAACAUGUAGCCAGUACAGGUACCUUAGACUGUUAGAGUGAUUGUUCCUAAUUUAAUUUUUGUAUGCUGUUGUGAAGGGUUUAGUGUCUGUUUUUAAAGUGUCUACACAAUGCCAACCACAGGAGCCCAAGGCACUAUUAUAACCUGGCAAUAAACCAUUUCAAACAGGGCACACAAAAAGUCCAGGUUUAUCUCCAUUUUUUUCUAAAUCUUUUACCAUUAUCAGCCAUUACUUAUAAAAUGACAAAACAGGUAUUUUUCUCAUCAAUAAAGCAGCACCAGGAUCCUUUGAAAUUAAUACCUAGACAUUUUUAUAAGCAACCUGCAUAUUUGCAAUCAAAAGAAACAGCUUUAGAAGUGAGUUCACAGAUAUUCAGUUAUUUUGCACUCUAGGAAUCACUACAGCUAUAGAAAGAAAUGAACUAUCCAACUUUGCAGGCAAAUGAUGGAUAUGUAUAUAAAACUUAUUUAAAUACCCCUAGCCACUACAUUAUGACCUUUAGGGAAGGCCAUUUGAAACACAGAGAGCCAGCAUGGUAUAGUGAUUUGAGCAAUGGACUAUGACUCUGGAGAUCAACUUUUGAAUCCCUACUUAGCCAUGAAAACCCACUGGAUGCCCUUAGGAAAGUUACAUUUUCUCAGUC